UUUUUCCUGGGCUUUCACGUCUGUGUCCCUCCUCGCCUCCCGUCCCCGCCGUCAGGUGGCAUCCUAGGAAAUGUAGUUCUGAAGCCCGCCAUCCGGAUGGGCAGUCAUAGACCGAGGAUAGCAAAAUGACUAUAACUCCCAGGGGGCGUGGCGAAACAAGCGGCGUAGGAGCUGCUAGAGAGGAAACAAACACUUCUGCCCCUUGGAGGCAUUGCGGUUCUGCGCUUGCGCAAAGAAGCACCCGUCUUUCCUCAUGGUUCCAGUUCACGCCAUGACUUCAGCCGUCCUAGAACGCUUUUGCGCAUGCGCUCCAAAGAGUCUUUGAACGGAUCAUUCGACCUGUACCGUUCCGUACAGGCGGUAAGGAAGGGAGCGAGGUGCGCAUGUGUCCUGGCUCAGCCUGUGAAAUCGCGCGUGCGCCGAGAUGUGAUGGUAUUUGCGCGAAGGAUUGUUUAGUUGCUCUUUGGGGGCCCCUCUUUUGGCUAAUAAAGAUGGUGGGAAACCUGGCAAUAGAUCUACAUCCUCCUCUCUUCCCACAGCACCUUCUUUGUUAAGCAAGAAUGGGGCGUUCCUCUAAAGACAAGCGUGACAUUUACUACCGCCUGGCCAAAGAAGAGGGGUGGAGAGCCCGCAGUGCAUUCAAACUUCUGCAACUGGAUGAGGAGUAUCACCUCUUUCAAGGUGUCUCCCGAGCAGUGGAUCUGUGUGCUGCUCCUGGAAGCUGGAGCCAAGUUUUGAGCCGGAAGCUCAAGGGAGACGGCACCAAGAACUCGGGUGUUAAAAUAGUAGCGGUCGAUUUGCAGGCCAUGGCCCCGUUGCCAGGAGUCAUCCAGAUCCAAGGCGACAUUACCAAGGUCUCUACAGCUCAGGAGAUCAUCUGCCAUUUUGAAGGGCAACCAGCUGACCUGGUGGUGUGCGAUGGAGCCCCUGAUGUGACCGGACUCCACGACAUAGAUGAGUACAUUCAGGCCCAGCUGCUUCUUGCUGCUUUGAACAUCACCACCCACGUGCUGAAAAAAGGAGGCACUUUUGUGGCAAAGAUCUUCCGAGGGAAGGACGUCACCCUACUGUAUUCCCAGCUGCGGAUUUUCUUCCCCGACGUGACGUGCGCCAAACCCCGAAGCAGCCGCAACUCCAGCAUCGAAGCCUUUGUCGUCUGCCGAAAUUACAGCCCCCCCGAAGGCUACGUGCCGAACAUGUCCAAUCCUCUGCUGGACCACCGUUAUGAUGUGGAUUUUAACCAACUGGAGGGCCCCAAUCGAGUCAUUGUUCCCUUCCUGGCUUGCGGGGAUCUGAGUGCUUACGACUCAGACCGGACGUACCCCUUGCAGCUGGAGCCUGGGAAGGAAUACGCCUACGUGCCCCCCACUCAGCCUCCCAUCCGCCCGCCUUACGAAGAAGCCUGCUUUUUAAAGAAACACAACCUCCUCGCCAAGGAGUCAGCCUCCCAACCUCAGGUGUCCGCUGCCCCCGGUGAGCCUCCCCAGCAUCAAGAGGAGGGGGCUUUGCCUUGUCCCUGCGAGGCUGAACUCAGAGACUCUCUAGAGAAGCUGACCACGUGACUCUGCUACAGGACCAGCCUGGCCUGGCCAUCGGCAGAUACUGGCCCUGCUGGUUUGAAAGGCUUCUUAUUGAACGAGGAAGCAGCAGCAGCGCAUAAGAGGUUUUUUAAAUUUUAUUUUAAUGCCUCAAAGGCUUCGAAACCUCCCCCUCGCCAUUAAGACGUAUCAAGCAGUGUCAAUGUUAAUAAGGUCUCCGCAAGCGUUCAAAGCUUUCCUCCGUGUGAUGCACCAGAGAGCGCUUGGGUUUGGAGCUCCCAGCUCCAUGUUGCUGUUUGACUGUCAAGAGAUCACAGUGGGUUGCGGCCACUCCCCUGUCCCCAGGACGAUUGUGAUGACCAAGUUGGGGAGUUGUCUUCACGCUGAAAAGCCCUAUACCGGUGGUGGUGAACCUAUGGCACUCCAGAUGUUCAUGGACUACAAUUCCCAGCAGCCCCUGCCAGCAGGGCCAUCUGGAGUGCCAUAGGUUCGCCACCACUGCCCUAGACAAACAAACUGCCUGUUUUAAUAAAAGGUGCCACCUGUUUCCCAGCCCCUUUUGCCUCCCUUCCUGUUUUCUCAAUAUUCUGGCCUUUUGCAAUUCUUCUGCAUAAUUUCACAACCAGUGCUUGGUUUCGGCAGCUUGAAAUCCCCCCGGCCUCCGUUCCUCAGGGCUGCUCUGCGAGCGUGGAAUUGUAAGCCACUGUCCUCUUUGUCCGACAGCGAUUUGUUCCACAGAUCAGAUCUGUCGUGAGCUUGUGGCUUAUACCACAGUGACAUCGUCAGCAUUGGCUGUGACAAUCUGGCCCUGGGGUCCGAUGGACGGCGCUUCAGUUGCAGCUAUUUGCUGAGAGAAGCCCGUGUGGCGCUCCUUAGCUCUUGAAGCCCCCAUCCGGGACUGGCCCCGGACGCCCCUCUCUUGCCGCUUGUCCACUGGCUCCCCGGUGCUGAAAUCAAACCGAUCCAAAGGGGAGUGUUCAAUUGUACACAAAGCCUCCUCGCAGAGGAAGCCGCCGUUGGCUUGCUCCAAGGUGGCAUUCUCUCCAGGACUGCAGGGGCUGGAUGCAGCUGUCUCCGUCUGAGAGAUGUGCGGGCCCGUACCCAACUGUGGCUCAGUUCUCCGGAAAGAGUAACGGGCAAAUAGGCUAAUAAAGAACAUCUCAAUAGCCAGGGAGUAGUAGUAGAUCACUGCAAAAUUAAAAGGAGAGUUACUUCUUCUGCCCCCCACUACAGGAUAGGUUUGUUAGUUGGACAGUGUCCUUUCUGCACGGGGCUAGGAAUAUGUUUCUGUUUCACGAAGAGUACAAAAAACACAGAAUGUGGCCCUGGGUGCAGAAUUCUGCUAGCUGGAGGUCUCAGUUUUCAUUUUUAUUCUUUUAAAAGAGUUUCUAGUCCUUAUGGCUGCAAGAUAAAUGUUGAAAAGUUUGCGUUAAAGGGUGUGGAAAAAGACUCUCCGUUGGCGGAAGGAUGUCCACAAAAAGACCUCUAGUGCUGUCAAAUGGUUACGAUUUCAGAUUAAAAAAAUUAAAAGUUAAGAAGAAGAGGAUGCAAUUUUCACUGACUUUCUCUUGGAACUUCCAGCUGUUCUGAGGGGUUCUCCCCCUAGGCAAAGCGUUACGUGGGCACACAGCCCCAUGGUAGGGAAGGGGAGUCCCACCGUGCAAUCAGAAAUCUCUGCCCAAAGAAAUCUCCAGUAGGUCCAACCAAUGAAGAACGCCCUCAUUGUUCUUAGAAGUGUGGAGUCUGGGAAUUAUCAAACGUACCAACAAAACUGAAUAAAUAACUGAUUUAGAUAGGAGACCAAAAUUCAUCUCUCUGUGUCCUGUUUUUAUAGGUCAUGGCCUGGCAUGGCUGUUUGUGUAAUGUUUUUAGUUAUUGUAUUUUUAUUUUGCUGUAUUGUAUCUGACUGAGUAAUAUUGUGUAGUGGUUUUUAGAAAUGGGCUUUAAGAUUCAUUGUAUAAAUGUUUUUUAAACAUUUGUAUAUGGGAGGCACAAGCCAUAUCAUCAAUAAAUCCGGUAGCUGCCA